AUGCUCUCGAGAUCGAUAAGAAACAUUGCAGCCAGAAAUGGAACUGUAGCAAGAUCGUUGAUGGGCUCGUCCAAGUCCGCUAGAGCAGUGACCACCAGAUCGUUCUCAUCUUCUAACACAAACAGGGCAGAAGAUGAAGAAUUGGUUGACUUAAGAUCUUUACCAAGACCUCCAGUAAAAGACAUCCAUGUCCCAUUGGUCAACCCAGCAGAUAAAUACAAAGAACAAGUUGAAGAAUUACACAAGUUCGGGCGCUACAUCAUGGCUUGUAUGCCCAAGUACAUCCAGCAGUUCUCCGUUUGGAAAGAUGAGCUCACCAUCUACGUAUCGCCAAAGGCAUUAAGACCUACCAUGGUCUUCUUAAAGAACCACACAUCUUCACAAUUCAAGGCUUGUAUGGACGUGACUGCGGCCGACUACCCUUCAAGAACCAAUAGAUUUGACGUUGUAUACAACUUACUUUCUGUUCGUCACAACUCCAGAAUCAGAGUCAAGACUUACGCCAACGAAACCUCCCCAGUUCCAUCGCUUGUGCCAAUCUACCAAGGUGUUAACUGGUUCGAAAGAGAAACAUACGAUUUGUUCGGUAUAUUCUUCGAGGGCCACCCAGAUUUAAGAAGAAUCAUGACCGAUUAUGGAUUUGAGGGCCACCCAUUGAGGAAGGAUUUCCCAACUACUGGUUAUACAGAAGUCAGAUACGAUGAAGAAAAGAAGAGAGUUGUUUACGAGCCAUUGGAGUUGACCCAAGCAUGGAGAAACUUCACCGUCGGUUCUUCUGUGUGGGAGCAAGUCGGUGAAGGUAAGGACUUUACCCCAGAAAACUUCAAGUUGCCAACCCCAGAACCAGAACCAGAAGCCGAUGAUGCUGAUAAAAAGAAAUAA